UCAUUUCUAACAUUUCAAAAUACCUGCUACAGUAGGAUUCCAACUUUUCUACCAAAAUGUUUAAACCAUUUCUGAUCGUCUUUAUUUUUGCGUUAACCAGUGCUCAAAAUGCAGAUCCACGUUGCAAAGUUACCAAAUUCUCUCAAGUAGCAUCAGCGGUAGGCAACUGCACUAAUAUUGUUAUAAAUAAUCUAGUCGUACCUGCUGGAAAAACUUUGGAAUUGUACUUGAAGCAUGGAACGACCCUUACAUUCGAAGGAAUUACAAGUUUUGAACAUAUACCAUGGUCAGGGCCUUUGAUUAGGGUUAAAGGCAAAAGAGUUACUAUCCAGGGUGCUCCAGGUUCGUUGCUAAAUGGACAGGGUCAGUUAUACUGGGACCAUACGGGCGAUAAGGGACUCAAAAAACCUCAAUUUAUGAAAAUUGAAGUAUCGGAAGAUUCAGUAUUCAGAAAUCUUAAUAUAUUAAAUUGUCCACACCAUUGUAUAUAUAUUGGAACAUCCGAUAGACUGACUAUAACUGGUUGGGUUAUAGACAAUUCCUACGGGGAUCACGUGGAUAACGACUACGCCAUAGGAAAAAAUACGGACGGUUUCGAUGUUUCUGGUGCAACAAACCUCAUCAUCGAAAAUACCAAAGUUGUUAACCAAGACGAUUGCAUUGCUUUAAGACACGGAGCGAACAUCCUAAUCAGAAAUAUGUACUGUGCUGGAGGUCAUGGAAUAAGCAUUUCUGUUGGCUUCAGCUACACUACCUUUAUAGAAAACACGUUGUAUAAUGUAACAGUGCAAGAUUCUGUCGUUGUUCGUUCUGCUAACGGCAUUCACGUUAAAACUCAUGCUGAUGCUUUUAAAGGAGAGAUAAAGAAUAUUACUUAUCAAAAUAUCCAUUGCUCAGGACUUCAGAGGUAUGGUAUCACCAUCCAACAAGAUUACGUAAAUGGCAGUUCUUCCGGCAAAGCCAACACCAACAUCCCGAUACAUAAUUUGAAUUUAAUCAACAUCACAGGGAAUAUUUUAGAAACUAAUCACACUUCAAUGCCGGUUUACAUCAAUUGCGGCAAAGGAAGUUGUGACGGUUGGAGCUGGUCUGGAAUACAUAUAUCUGGCGGUAAAAAGAGUAUCUGUAAUAAUUACGAGCCAGAAGGAUAUUCGUGUCUUGCAUCUUCUGGCAUUGGAUUAACAUUUAAUAACUUCUUAUUAAAAAUUCAAUUUUUGAUUAUUGUAUUUAUCGGAGUAAAUUCAAUAUUUUUACCAUAAAAAACACUUGUUAAUGUUUUUAGAAUAAAGAUUAAAAAUUAUAGAUAAA